UCAGAUACCUGCUGACACAAGUACCGUACCAUGGAAGUGUUUGGCAGCGGAAGACGUAGGAGACGAUCCUUGACCUUGAUGCCCGAAGCAUGACCACUCCAUCUUUGUCGGAAUUCCGUAGAAAUCAGAGACAUUUAAAGGCAACGAGAGGUUUUCAUUUGAUUGGUUAAGUUGCGCUAAACUCUCGCGCCUUUUCUCCCUCUUUGCCACUUGCGUCGGUGGGAGGGACAGAGGCAUGGGUGCGAUGGGGUGCGCUGGACUGCCCUGCUCACGAAAAUUGCAAAGUUCGCUGGCCACACACCCUUGGUGCAGAGCAGGCGUGCCGCAGGGCAGGUGCGCUGUGUCUGGUCUAUGCAAUCAGAGCCUUAUUUCCUCAUCAGCCUGUUGAUUGAUUCAUCACUGCUUAACUCCUAGCAGUAGGCUUUUGUAUCAUUCAGUCAUGAAGAAUGAGACUGAUACUGAAUGUCCCCGUGCCUCUCACAGCCCAUUUGAGAAGUACUGUACUGGCAUAUAGUGAGAGAAACUGCAAGCAUCAGUACUAUGUGACUUUAGAACCGGUAACAGUCAUGUCUACGCUCUAUUAUCCGGGGAGUCUGUCUACCCUGCUGCAAUCAUCUUCUCCCAACUAUCUCGCUCUCUCUCUCGCUCACGCUCCCUCACUUUUCCUUCAUGCUGUUUUUGCCUUGCUACACUGUCGCACAAAUGAGCAAGACCACAGCUACACCCAGCAGCACAGAUAUCCAUCCUGUCAGCUGGGCUGCAGCAACCAUCAGACGUAGAGAGACACCAAGGCUGAUCAGCAGUCAGCGAGCUGGGAAAGCAAAGCUGUGAGGAAAAGAAACAAAAAACGGGACACCACUGGGAACGCAAGGCAGAGACUCAGAGAAAUUCGCAGUCAGAGAGCAAGGGAGGGAGUUGAGCUGCCAAUACUUCCAAUCUUCACACUGUGAAACUGACCCGCAGUUGCACUUUUUUUUCCACUGAGGACCAAGAAGGACCCUUUUUAUUUUUGCAUCCAGCAAUGGAGGAGAUGCUCACCUGCAGCCGGAACCCUUUCUCCCAAGUGUUUGGACGCCAGGGUCAGCUCAUGCAAGCCACUGUGCAGUCUCUAAACAGCCUGAAUGAUCAGAUCGCUAGCUUCAUGGUGACUGGACCCAAGUCCCUGGAGCAGGAGGAUCAUGCAUAUCCUCCCCCGGAGAAGGAGACGCUGCAAAAGUCCAUGACCCUGAUGAGACACCUUCUUGUGGAUGCUCAGGCAAAAAUCCUGAAAAUGAUGGAUGACAACAAGCAGCUGGCUCAGCGUAUAGACGGGGCCAUCCAGUCGGCCAGCCAGGAGGUGACCAACCUGCGUUCCGAGCUGAGUGCCACCAGCCGCAGACUGACCGAACUGGGUGCCGCUGACCCCUCCGGCAGCAUGCUCGAGACCCUGCAGCACAACCACAACGAUGCAUCUCCCCACACGAGGCUGAAGGUGUCGUCCACUGAACUGGGCUUCACUAGUGAAAUCAGCAGUCUAAUGGAUUUCAACUCUCCUGAUGCCUCUCUGGACAAAGUUCUGCUUCGUGAGGAGGUGGCCCAGCUCCAGGAGGAGGUGCACCUGCUGCGCCAGAUGAAGGACAUGUUGAGUAAGGACCUGGAAGAAAGCCAAGGAGGAUGCUCCGCCGACAUACUCUCUGCCACCGAGCUCCGCGUGCAGCUGGCCCAGAAGGAGCAAGAGCUGGACCGAGCCAAGGAAGCUUUGCAAGCCAUGAAGUCAGAUCGUAAGCGUCUUAAGGUGGAAAAGGCAGACCUGGUGAACCAGAUGCAACAGCUUUAUUCCACACUGGAAAGCCGCGAGGAGCAGCUCCGCGAUUUCAUACGCAACUAUGACCAGCACAGAAAAGAAAGCGAGGAUGCAGUGAAGGCUCUCGCGAAAGAGAAAGACAUGCUGGAGAGAGAGAAGUGGGACCUGCGGCGGCAAACCAAAGAAGCCACCGAACACACAGGGAUUCUUCGCACUCAGCUUGACCUCAAAGACAACCGCAUCAAAGAGCUGGAGGCUGAAUUGGCCAUGGCCAAACAGUCGUUGGCCACCCUGACCAAGGAUGUGCCCAAACGUCACUCGCUGGCAAUGCCCACCGAGACAGUUGUCAACGGCAACAACCAGGAGUGGGUGAUGCAGGCAGACCUCCCCCUCACUGCUGCCAUCAGACAGAGCCAACAGACCCUCUACGUUCACACAGGACAUGCCACCGACAGACAAGUGGCUGCUGUGCGGUUGAGCCCAUGCCACUUGCGUCAGCCCUCCAUCAUGUCCGACGUCUCGGCAGUGGAGGGAGACAGGUCGUCUACACCUAGUGACGUCAACUCUCCACGUCAUCGGACUCACUCGCUGUGCAACUCUCUAGAAGAUCUGGAGGUGGCAAAGUGUAAGAAGAAGAAGGAAAAGAUGGGCCUUGGCUCUUUGUCACGCGUCUUCUCUCGGGGGAAGCAGCGCAAGUCCCUGGACCCUGGUUUGUUUGAUGGUACUGCAACACCUGAUUAUUACAUAGAGGAGGACGCAGACUGGUAAAACGCCUCUGUGGAAGUGAUCAGACAGCGUUGCUGAGCAUGUAUGAAGGUGUAUGCGCGCGUGUGUGUGUAUGUGUGUGUGUCAAGCUGCCAGACAGGGUGGAGAAUCCAAACAAGCAAAUUGCACCUGUACGUAUGUACAAUACUGUAAAUAGAAUAUGACAACAUGGCGAACAACAGUUUUGUUCUUGGACCUUUUCGAUGUUCCGCAUUUUGACUUUCACUCAACUGGAAACUUGAAGGAUUGCUGUACAUGAAAAUAACUGCACAGUGUGUGUUGAAAUGUCUCCUCGUCCUGAAUGCCUUUUCUUAUUUUUGAUAUGUAUCCCCCCCCUUAACCCACUGAUGACUGACCUGCUUGGUUCAUUCCCUUCCUCCCACACUGUCACUGUGAGAAACGUUUUCCUGUGGGCUGACUUGCAGAGACCCCUCAAAUCCAUCCCAAAAACAUAGCCAGGAAAAUUGAUGUUAGCAUCUCUUUUACUGGGAUAAAACCCCCCAUACAGAGCCGUUUGUUCCCUAGCAACAUGAGGCCCAACAGGAAUUGUGGGUAAUGUGAUUUCUAUCUGUUUGGAUAGAAAAGCCUUUUGUACGUGACAUAUCGUGUCAUGCAUGCAUAUACAUACAUCAUAGCGCCUCUCCCAGAAUGCAUGCAAUUCAUUUGUCAUUUGUUAAGAAAAGAGAGGUCAGUUACUCACAUCGGACAUUUUAGGACUGGUAACCGAUAACUAAUUCAGGGCUCUUUAAAUCAACUAUUGAAAAAAUGUUCUAAUUGAAGUUAUAGAUGAAUACAUAUUUUUUUAUAUACAUUACAGUAUAUAUUUGUUUAAAUGAGCUUUUACAUUCAAAACAAAAACAAAAAUCAGUAAUGCCACAUUAAAAUACUGUAUUUCCUCAUUUGGUGGCGAUGAGCAUUAAAUUACUCAAUUAAGGCCUUUAUUUUUGCAAAAGAAUAUCAAAUAACAUACAUAUUUAAUAUACAGUAUAUAUUUUUUCCAUUUCUUGUCUAUUAUUUACCGUACAGCAACAGCGCACCCUUCCAUCUCCAUUGUAAAUGCCAGCUUUACAGAUGCCACGUUUGAGUUGGGUGACUUGUGAUGAUGACAUCUACUGCCGCACAUAUUCAAGUUUAUUACAUCCAUCUCAUUUAUAACUGAUAAAAAUGAGGCGUCGACAAGGCUCAAUGAUGAAUCGAGGCACGGCGUUUAUUCAAGCGGAGGCCAUUCUUCGAGGGAAUACAGUAUAUGUGACAUCAAUAUUAAAUCUGAAAGAAUGAAUGAAGCUUUUUAAACAAAGACGCAUGCAAACCUCUUACUCAUGACCCUGUGAUCUCGCCCAAAGAAAAAGCAAUUAACAUUGUGCCAAAGUUAGCAUUUCUUCAAAGAGACAUUAUUUGGUUGGAUUGAGCCGGUGCCUGCACGACCCCGCCCCCAGGAAAUCUUUUUUCCCCUGAUGUUAAUCUACCGCCAUGUAUUUGUCACUUCUCCUUGCAAUGCUACUGACAACACACGGUGGGUGUGUGUGGGAACAUUUACCAUUUACUGGAGUUGGCCCCAGAAAACAUCAGAACACAACAACCCUAAAGUAAUUCUAUAUUUAUUUGUAUGCGUAAGCAUCCAAACUGUUUAUUUCACCAAGCUUUUAUUGUUUUCUUCUAUUGCCAACUUUUAUAAUUAGCCUCUCCUGACAGUUGUUGUUUGAACCAAUCUCUUUUGUGUCAUUUUUCUUUUUCCUCAGAUAUUUUAACUUUUUGUAAAUGGGUCGAACAUAACAGAAUUUAAAAUAAUAAUAAUAUUAUUAUUAUUGAAGAAAUUUAUUUAAAAAUAGCGGUGUCCUGAGAUGUGUGCAAGGCAUGGUUAAAAAAUAAAAAGAAACAGAAACACCUCAGAACUAAAGUAAGACUAUUUUAAAAUAAAAAGAAAUCAUGUUGACUUUU